GGAAGAGAGAGAGUAGAAGACAAGGAUUCGAGUUCGUAUAAAUCGGAGAAGGAUAGAACGAACGUUAAACUGAGCACAACGCGGAGUGGUUCUUCGGUUUGCCCCCACCAUUUCGCGGCGACGCGAGCCGACCAAUCAGAGAACGCGUUGCCGCCGUAGCACAGCCGUAUCGCGGUGGCGUCGUCGUCGUCGUUCCGACAGGCGCAGUCACAAUUCCUUCGACCGUCGAGCGCAACGUUUCCGCUUUGCGCGUGGACGGUACCGAAGUGAACAAAGAUAUUCUGUUAAGCGCGCGAUCGGUUUGCAACAGCUUUCUUAUUGGUGAUAAUAUUUCGCGUUUAACGACGACGAAUAUUUGAAUUCUUUCGUUCAUUCAUUCGUUCGUCGUUCGUUUCUUCGUUCAUUCGUUCGUUCGUUUACGCGUUUCGUGGUAAGUGCUGUUUCUUCGAGGGAUUGUUUGUCCUUCUGUCAGUAAGGAAGGAAGGAAGGAAGGAAGGAAGGAAGGAAGGAAGGAAGGAAGGAAGUAGGAAAUAAAGAGAAGAAGAAGACAAACCAUGAGAUUUUCUUGGUUAUUCCCGGCAACGGUACUUCUCGUCCUUGUCACCGGAGCGAAAUGCAAACGAAAAUUUGACGGUGACUUUGAAUUCGACGAAGAGGAUGAUACCCGUAUAAUGAAGGUUGGAGAUAAAAAGAGAUGGAUACACGACCCGAACAGUGAACUCUGUCGUCCUCUUAACUGCAAAAAGAAGGAACUCUGUUUACUCGAAGAUACAUUUACUGCCGUUUGUGUAUCAAAGAAAGAACUUCAUAAGUCAGGUGAUGUGGUAAUACCGAAAUCAUUAGCUGUUCAACAACGACGAAUGAGAACGGAUAGUUCAGCCGAUACACAAGACGACGAUGCCUUUUUCGAUUCGGAGGACGAUGAUGAGGAUCAGGACGAGUCUAAGUGCCAGGAAUGUCCCGUGGUGAAACCGACGUUCCUCUGCGGAAGCGACAAUCGUACGUACAGCUCGCCGUGUCGUUUGGAGUACCACAAUUGCAUUCACCACACCUCCGUCCACAUUGCCUGCAAAGGCUUCUGUCCGUGCAAAGGAACAGAUUUACGGGCGCAUACGAAGAAAACGCAAACGCAGCGACAAAAAUCGCUCAUGGGAAAAAUAGGUCGCAAUCAUGACUUCACUCUUACUCCACGUGAUUUCAACUAUGACAAUCAUCACUAUCGUUAUCUCAAAUAUACGAAGCGUGCGAAGACACUUGCCUCAGCUAACAGAUACGACGAUAAACAUUUGUUGAGCAACGAAGUUAUGGAAAAGUCACCGUCACCGAUGAAAUCAACCUACAACACGGAUUGCCCACCAUCAUCUAAACCAGCUAUGGCAAAUCGUCUUUUGGAUUGGUUCUCGGUUGUGAUGGCAGAUGCCAAGCAUCGUCGUCAACAUCCUAAACCCAUAGGUCAUUUCCCAAUCCCAUGCCAGAGCGAAGUUAGGUGGAUGUUUGGACAUUUGGACAGUGAUAGCGAUGGUAGGAUCUCGCUUUCUGAACUUUACGGAUUGGAACACGAUCAGAACGAGCCGUGCCUAAAGCCCUUCCUCGAUAGCUGCGACACUGAUGGCGAUAUUUUCGUGAGUGGUAUGGAAUGGUGCGGUUGUUUCGCAAAGGCUGAACGACCUUGUGCUGCAGUACGUAGACGAUCGCCAUUGGAAGUAGCACCGGCAUGUGAUUCCAGAGGAUAUUAUCGAAGCACUCAAUGUCAUCGAGGACUUGGACUUUGCUGGUGCGUUGAUCCACAUGGCGUUGAAUUUGCUGGUACCAGAACUCGUGGUACCAAACCUGAUUGUGAUACGAUCGUGAACAAGAUCAGCAACGGUGGUUUGAAAACGAAUAGCGUCGAUCUGGACGACGACGAGGACGGUGGUACAGAUUCAACCCAAGAUUUGGAAGGUUCGGCCGAUCAGCCGUUAGAUUUUUAAAUAUAUCGCUUCGAUCGGUCCAAGAUAACAAAAGGUGAUUAGUAAGAGGAAUAAGUAGAAGAGCAACAACAACGGCAAGUUGUAGAAGGGUGGGGUAAAGAGAGAGCAGAGUAAAGGGAGCAACACCUUUAAAACGUGAUGUUUGUAGUAGUUUGUAAUCGCACGAGCAAUUCCUUUCUCGCGGAUUGUGUUGCCCGUCUAUUCGUCCAUCGACCUCGAGAUCGAGGGCGUCGUUAAAAGAGAGAAAGAGAGAAAAGGAGAAAAAGAGAGAGAAAGAGAGGGAAAGAGAAAGAGGAAAGAAAAGAAAGAAAGAAAAAAAAAAAAAAGGCUCUGUUUAUAAUCUGAAUAACGAAGGCGAGCCUAAAUGGAAUUAGAAAGCAACGAAAGAACCACCUUGUUGGCUAUUUGAUUCAUUCUGCGUGACGGUGAUUCGCUAAAAGUAGAGAGAGAUUAUUAUUAUUAUUAUUUUAAUUUUUAUUAAUAUUAUUAUUAUUAUCGUUGUUAUUGUUAUUAUUGUUGUUGUUUGUUAUUAUUAUUAUUAUUAUUAUUAUUAUUAUCAUUAUUAUUAUUAUCAUUAUUAUUAUUACUACAUUUGUCUUUCAUUUGAUAUAUUUAUCUAUCCAUUCAUCUAUCUAUCUCUCUUUCUCUCUUAUCUCAAAGUAUAUCUUUACGAAACUCAAGUUUUUUGCAAAUACAAAAACAACGCCUUUUCCUGUAAUGCGAUACCACUACGAUUAGAUAGAGAUAGAUAUCUUACGUCAUUUGUGCAAUAUACAAUACAAUGUAGAUUCUCGUCGUCGCAACGCGAAUUGGCUUUUAUGUCAAAGAAAUCUAUUAGAAAAGGAACGUCGAUUUGUGUGUCGUCUUUAUCUAUGAUCCUUCGAAAGGAAGAAAAAGAAUUACAUCGCUGUACACAAUUCGUCUAUAAAUAUAGAUAUAGAAUCGUGGAAUUUAUUAAUGCGAAAGUCGAAGGUGAAUUGAGAAAGAAAAAGAGAGAGAGAGAGAGAAAGAAGAAAAAAAAUUGAUAAAGAAUAUAAGGAAAGAAGGAAAGGGAGAGUGCUGAUAAAGAAGACGAUUCUUCAUUUUAUUAGCUUGAUUAACUCCUGUAAUGUGAGCGUUAGAAGAAAAAAUGGAAAAAGAAGAAGAAACAUUAGAUAUGGAAGAUACCAUUCGACGAGAAAGUAUGAAAGAGGACACGCUAUACAUACAUAUAUAUAUAUAUAUAUAUAAAUAAAUAUAUAUAUAAGUAUAUAAAUAUGAUUUCUAAUCGCAAGCUUAACGACAUUAUAAUAAUAAUAAUAAUAAUAAUGAUAGUAAUAAUAUAAUAAUAAUAAUAUUAAUAUUAAUAUUAAUAAUAAUAAUAAUAAUAUUAAUAAUAAUAAUAAUGAUAAUGAUAAUGAUAAUAAUAUAACGUCUAUAAACAUAAUAAUACUGUCUAUGACUUACGAUAAUACAGGUAAACGUAGAAGAUCAAAUUCUGAGAGAGAAAGUUAUGCAUUAAAUCUGAAGGGAAGGAGAUUAUGGCGGUAGUAAGAUCAGAUCGUGUGAAUAAUUAUCUAACACGAAUAUAAAAUGAGAGAAAAUGUUUAGCCGAUGCACACAAAUAGUUUUGCUUAAUUAGUUAUCUUAAAGAUGAUAUAACAAAACGCCUCUAUAAAGAAAGAAAUAGAGAAAGAGAGAGAGAGAGAUAGAGAUAAAUAUAGAGAUAGAGAUAGAUAGAGAUAGAGAUUCGUCCUCUCACCGCUUAUUUAUUAUUAUUAUUAUUAUUAUCGUUAUUAUUAUUAUUAUUAAUCCUAUUAUCAAAGCAUUAUUAUGUUUUUUGGAUUAUUUUUAACACACGUGUAAUAGGCCUUAGAUCAUUAAUUAUCUUUCGUGGUCAUCUUGAGUUGUGAAAUUAAAUGUAAGAUAUUACGACGUAAAGAAAAAAGAAAAGCGGAGAAUGAGAAAUAAGAAGAAAAAAAAAAGAAAGAACACAACAACAACAACAAUAACAACAGCAACAACAGCAAGUAACAAAAAACAAAACGACCUAUUUCAUAUUCGCUAAUAACUACAUAUAUAUUUACCAUGUGGUUUAAUCACGACGAUGAAAUGUCAAAGAUAUUAUUAGCACGCCUUAUUUAUUACGACGGAAUAUAUGUAUGAUUCCGUUUAAGAUAAUACGAUAUUGUCUAAUCGUACGACGCGUAUUAGAAACAUUGUAACUUGUAAGAAGAGCGCAAACGCCAGCAGUUAUUUCGAAUGAAUUAUUUUACGUUCAUGGUAAACGGUUGGGUGAGAUUGUAAAUGUAAAUACAUGCUUUAGGAACAUACAUCUUAUAUAACAGUUAAGAAGCGUUAGACAAACGGUGGUGCAAUCGAGAAAUAUUAUUUUAUUUCCAAUAGGAACAACGGAAAGGAAGUGCAGUAUUUAACGUCGUGAUUAUUCAUCUGCAUUCACUGUAAUUAUAAGCAUUUUUACUUAAAAAACUUUUACUUAAAGAACGUAUUGUAUACCAAUAGAUAUAUAGAAUAUAAUAACAUAUAUAAUAUCUGUAGAAGGAAAUAUCGGUGUGAGAACUAUGUGAAUAUGCCCCCUAGUAUUUAGAAGGCAAUUUACGUAGUAAAAUAGCCAAUGCAAGUAACACGUGUCCUAUUUAGAAAUGGACGUAAUAAUAAUAAUUAAGUUUAUAAAGCCUAGAAGAGCAUUUCACUCUACUGAUAUAAACAUUCCUGCUAAAAAGCAAUUUUAAUGAGAAAACUUCUGUACUCGCCAUAUUUAUUAAAAAGCAAGUGUUAUAUACUUCUCUUUCUUUUUCUACUUGUUUUUUUUUUUUUCUUUCUUUCUUUCUUUCUUUUUUCGUUCACUCCAGUUGUUUCCAAUGUCUUUAUCAAGAUUUUUUUAUAUACACAAUUCGGUUGUGUAAUUGAAUAUAAAUUAUAUUCGCAUUAAGUAUUAAUAUCGACUUAUUUAUGAUUGUCGCUUAUAAAGCAUGUAAUUGCAAUAUAACACGACUAAGAAUGUAAUAUACAAGAUAUAAUUAUAAUUCUUUUAUUUGAUUUGAUUAUACGGAUACAUUUAAAAAUAUUUACUAUCUCUUAAUGAACAUGGCGUAUCUCUUUGGUCAACACAAAAUUUAAUUAGAUUGACACAUAUAUUAUAAAUAAAUAUAAACGCCAUCCGAUCGAUUAAGAGAUAAUCGUCCACAAGUGAACUAACGAAUACUCUUCUUUCCUGCUAUUAUGCGCAACUUACAUUCCGCCUCGAUUAUUGUACUAUCGACCUAGAUCAAUUAAUAUUAACGUAAAAAGGAACGUGAAUAUAUAGUUUUACCGGAGUCUUGCAUUAUUGUAUAUACCUAAUUAUAUACAAUGAAAAAAAAAAAGAAGAAAGAAAAGAAAAAGAAAAAAAAAGAAAAAAAAUCAUCGUAAAUGACCUUAUUGCCAUGAUGAUUUUUCUAAGGUAUGCACCUGAUCGAAGCGUAAAGAAUUUUUACUUCUUUUCGAAGCUACCAUAAAUAAUAUCUGAUUUGGUUAGUAUUGUAAAUGUGAAUGUAAGAAUUCUUUAUGAAUAAAGAUUGUUGUAGAAA